CGCCGCAGAGGGGCAGUGCCGGCGGAGAGUCCUCUGCGUGCGGCUGCCGCGGCCCCACCACAGCGUCUCUGACAGCCGGGGAGCUGGGACCCACGACCCUCGCCACCUCACGCAGCCUUCGUGGCCUCCACCGCGGCCCGAGUCCGUCCCUCGCCUCGGAGCCCACAUCCGGGGGGCGGUCCGGCCCGCCGUAGCUGCGGAGGCCGCAUCUGGCGCGCAUCUGGAACCGCCCGCCCGCCGGCCGCGCUGGAGCCCGCGCCCGCCCUGGCCCGGCAGCGCCGGGAGCCCUGCCCGGAGCUGGAGCCGCACCUGGAGCCGCGGGCCCGGGGCCCUGAGCCGCGCAGCCGGCGCAUGGUGAACUCGCUCCUGUUCGGGGAGAUGGCCUUGGCCUUCGGCUGCCCGCCCGGCGGCAGCGGCGGGAGCUGCCCCGGCGGGGGCGGCGGCGGCGGCGGGGCCGGGCCGGGGCCGUCGCCGGUGACGGCGGCGCUGCGGGACGACCUGGGCUCCAACAUCCACCUCCUGAAGGGGCUCAACGUGCGCUUCCGCUGCUUCCUGGCCAAGGUGCACGAGCUGGAGCGGCGCAACCGGCUGCUGGAGAAGCAGCUGGAGCAGCAGCAGAGCGAGCGCGAGCGGCGGCUGCGCUACAAGACCUUCUCCCGAGAGCAGGCCGUGCAGACCGGGCCCGAGCUGCUGCGGCCGCCAGCGCCCGGCGCGGGGCACGGCAGCGGCAGCGGCGCGGCGGCGGGCGCCAACGCCAACACCGUUGCCCUGGGCGGCCUGCCCCCCGGCGGCGGCUCUCACCCGCAGCACUACGGCCGCCUGCCCGGGACCAUCUGGAGCUACACGCAGGUGCGGCGCACGGGCGGCGGCGGCGUGGAGACGGUGCAGGGCCCCGGCGUGUCGUGGGUGCACCCCGACGGCGUGGGCGUGCAGAUCGACACCAUCACGCCUGAGAUACGCGCGCUCUACAACGUGCUGGCUAAGGUGAAGCGCGAGCGCGACGAGUACAAGCGGAGGUGGGAGGAGGAGCUCGCUAAACGCAUGAACUUGCAGACCAUGGUGGACACGCUGCAGGAGGCGGCGCAGGAGGCCGAAGCCAUCCAGGAGGAGAUGAAUGAGAAGAUCGAGCGGCUCAAGGCCGAGCUCGUGGUGUUUAAGGGGCUCAUGAGUGACCCCAUGACAGACCUGGACACAAAGAUCCAAGAAAAGGCCAUGAAGGUGGACAUGGACAUCUGUCGCCGGAUCGAUAUCACGGCCAAGCUGUGCGAUGUCGCACAGCAGCGGAACUCGGAAGACGUGUCCAAGAUCUUCCAGGUGGUCCCCAAAAAGAAAGAGCGUAAGGUGGCUUCGGAUGACGAUAUCUCCGAGCAGGACGGGGAGGUGAACCGGUUCUCGGAUGACGAGGUCGGCUCCAUGAACAUCACAGAUGAGAUGAAACGCAUGUUCAACCAGCUGCGGGAGACCUUUGACUUUGACGAUGACUGUGACAGCCUGACGUGGGAGGAGAACGAAGACACGCUGCUGCUCUGGGAAGACUUCACCAACUGCAACCCAAGCAUCGACCUGCAAGGCGAGCAAGAGGAAAAUUUGGGCAACUUGAUCCACGAGACAGAAUCCUUCUUCAAGACGAGAGACAAGGAGUACCAGGAAACGAUUGGCCAGAUCGAGCUGGAGCUGGCCACGGCCAAGAGCGACAUGAACCGGCACUUGCACGAGUACAUGGAGAUGUGCAGCAUGAAACGCGGGCUGGAUGUGCAGAUGGAGACCUGCCGCCGGCUCAUCAAAGGCUCUGCGGACAGGAAUUCACCAUCUCCCAGCUCCGUGGCCAGCAGUGACUCAGGAAGUACAGACGAGAUCCAGGAUGAGUUUGAGCGGGAGGCGGAUGUGGAACCCAUGGUCAGCUGAUGACGGAGGCCCCCUGUGCCUGCUGGUCUUGGUGAUGGCGCCUCUGCCCCUCUCCCCAUGGGGCCAGGAAGGCUUCUUGGAGUGGGGCUCCAGUCCUCACCACACAGACUCCCUCUGCCCUCCCUUCUCUGGAGGCCCCGGGGGACCGCUGCUUCCUUCCUUCAACCCACCACCAACCAGUGCCCCGCCUCCAUCCACCCACCCAAGGAAUGGUGCUGUCAAUUUCUAUUGUUCUCCACGUUACAAAUGCAGACUUCUGUCCGGACGAUGCAGUGUUAACUGUGCCUUUUCCCUUAAGCUGAGCCACUUUGAGCUCCAAAGAAUUCUUCCUAGCAGGUGUUUUUAUACAAAACUCUAAGGUGGGGACAGGGGGGGCCCCUGGCCUGAUCUAAUGUGGAUUUCUCCCCUCCCACCUGCUUCUCUGAUUGGCCCUGAGCUCUUCCCCCCCCCUCCUCUGCCUGACCUGAGUUGGCCUAGGGGUGGUCCACUUCCCCAUCCCUAGGAAGAAGCUGUUUGCCUCUGCAACCUUUCCAGGCCUGGGUGGGGGUCUCCCCAGUGUUUUUACUUACUGACAAGAGAGAAAAGAUAGCAGGAGGAGAGCAGACAAAAUUUUAUUUUCUUUCUGGAUCGAGUGGCGCAGCGGAGGGACAAGGCACUGUGCGGGAAAGUGGAGUCUCACUGUGUUUAAACUACUAUGCAAAAAAAACAAAACAAAACAAAAAAAAA